AUGUUGGCUUCUCUGGCAACACCACGAGUAUUUUUCCCAACUAUCGGAGGUCGACCAUUAGGGAUUUUUGUCAAGUUAGGGAUUACUGUACCAGUUCAACUGUAUGUUGGAUUUGGUUGCUUUGGAGCGAUGGUAGCUAGUAUUAUACUAUCGUUUUUGUAUAGACAUCAGGUUACUGUAAACCAGGAUAACAUUUUAAAAUGCAACAGAUGGUUUCAAAUUUGUGUUAUGGUUGUCAACUAUGUGCUCUUAAGUAAUGCACUGCUCCCAGCAUUAUUUACUUCCCCAGAUAGCCAGUUAGCGACGAAGAUUGAGAUUUUGAGAAAUGAACCCUGCCCUGCUAAAGACCUUCUUCAUCCCGACUCCUAUGUCCUUCAGUCUUCUGUAGAUCGAUUAUUCCCAUAUUUCUGUGGACUAGUGGUUUUCGUCGGAUGUCAAUGUGCUUUCAUGGGUCUUCACUGCUCAUGGGUCUUAUUUUUCUCAACACUCACAACAAAACUAUCUAGAAAAACCCGGAAAAUGCAGGCGAAACUUUUAGUCGCACUGGUGGCACAGUUCGCUAUUCCAACGACACUAUGCUAUUGUCCAAUGGCGUAUUUUGCUAUAACAACGCUUGUAAAUCAUUAUUGGCAAUUCGCCAACGACGUUUGUAUCCUUAUUGUCUCCACCCAUGGUCUUAUAUCUGCCACGUGUCUUCUAUUAUUCUACGACUGCUACCGUAACCAUUUAGUGUCUUUACUGUGUUAUAGAGUCUUCACAAAAGUCGGUCCAAUAAGUGACAAAAUUAGUAGGGCAAGUAUAAAUCACAAUGUCACUAUUAUUCUUUGA